CAUGGGGAUAAAGGGGGGAGUGGUUGACUGCUGGUGUUUUGAGAGGCCUAAUCCAGCUGGAGAAUCAACCAUAGGUGAUUGGAGCCAAACCCAGCCAACAUCAUGAUGGGGGAAAAAAUCCGGAAGAGCUCCUGUCAGAAUCCAGCCCAACUAAUCACAAUUGAGCUACACUGUCCUUUGAGCUACGUGGACCGCCUCCUGCCAGUGGAUCAAUAUACCCAAGGCUCAAGUUCAUCCACAAAUGAUUUCCUCCUUACCAUGGUUGACCACCUUACUGACUACAUCCUGGAGAUGGUAAGAAAUGAGAUGAACAACAGCAAUAUGCAGACCAUUCCCCAAGACGAGAGAGCGGUGGACAACGGAGAGUCACCCCAAAACCCGAUGGAUGCAGCCUUCACUCUGUUUAAUGAGAUGCAGGGGUCCAGGAGAAAUGGCUAAAGCCUGGGUCCAGUACUCUUGGAGGAAAUCCUCACAGCCUUAGUCUUAGACAAAACAUCUCAUAGCUAGGAAUCCCUGGCUUCUGUCAUCAGUAAAUAAUAAAGGAGAUAAAUCAAA